CCGACUUCCUGUGUGACAUUAGUGGGUUUGCAUGUGCAUUAUUUUUUAGCCUCAGACGGAAAUGCUCAGACUUCUCGCUGUCAGAAUUUCUGAACGUGGGCAUGAAGGAAGAUUCCCUUCAUUAAGUUAACUGUGGGCUUAAUACGUCACGUUUUCGUAUCCUUUGAGCAAACAGCAGACUUGCGCUGACACAUCGAUCCUCGCACGUGCGAUGUGAAACAUGGAUCAUCCAGCAUUUCAUGGGCCGAUAAGCAAACAGAGAUGUGAGGAGCUGCUCGGCAAGAAAGGACGGGACGGAACAUACCUCAUUCGGGAAAGUGAGACCAUUCAGGGAGCUCUCUGCCUCUGUGUGUACAAACAAAAAGUGGUUUAUACCUACAGGAUCCUUCAGACCCGCACUGGCCAUUUCACUCUACAGGCUAGCUCAGGUGUAGAGGAGAAGUUUUUCGAGACAUUGAAGGAUCUUAUUCAUCAUUACAAGCAAAAGAAUAAAGGACUUGCAACACACUUAUGCCAUUCCCUGAAAAGAAAAACGCUGCAAGAUCAGCCACUGCAAUGUGCAGAACCACUAGUGCCUAACGAGGAAAAUGAUUAUGAAAAUGUUGACUUCUCAGGGGACUAUGUUGUUGUUCUGCCGGACUGAUUUAAUUACAAUGCGACGGUCCGACUGGAUAACUGGAUCAGCUAAUUUGAACAAUAUAGAUUUGCUAUUACUGUUUCUGAGAACUUUUUGGCCAUGUUCACCUCAAAUAUGGGAAAUGCACAUGGAAUCUUAUUACUUGAAAUACAUUUUAGCAUGGCUAUGUUUUUAUGCAUGGAAAAUGCAUAAAUUGAUGCUGUAAUUGUGUGAAUUUAAUGAAAGCCUGUUCCUGCUUUGGAAUAAAGAGGUAAUUAAAACUUUUCAUCUCACAAUUCCGAUGUUGUUUCAUAAUUCUAA